GAUUGAUUUCUUGUCGGGCGAGAGAGAAUGGCGUUUAAUCCAAGUCGGGUCGAAGCAUUGACAAGUAACCAGAAACCUAUCCUCUGCACUAAAGCUCCAAGCCUCUUCGUUAUUGCCGAACAUCCAUCCAUAUCUGGGUUGGUAUUUGUUAUAUUCUAGCACUACGAUAGCAUGACUGCAAGUUAUAGUCAUGCAAGUGCAAGCUCGAGCUCUAGUUUGAAUAGCAGCUUUCCAGAUACGGAGGAUGACCAAAUCAUAGCAAGCAUCUUACAAGAAGAUACAAAUUCGAAAGCUGAGGGCAAACUUGGGAAAAGACUCUCGCAUUUAGAUUCCAUCCCACACACUCCCCGAGUUAAUGGGGAGAUACCUGAUGUGAGUGAUGCAACCUUAGACCACGGGCCUCUGUCUGAAAGGUUGACCACAUAUGGUUUGGCAGAGCUGCAAAUUGAGGGUGAUGGGAAUUGCCAGUUUCGAGCAUUAGCGGAUCAGCUUUUUCGUAGUCCAGAUUACCACAAACACGUAAGAAAGCAGGUUGUGAAGCAGUUGAAGCAUUUUACAAAGUUGUACGAAGGUUAUGUUCCAAUGCCGUACAAAAGUUACCUGAAGAAAAUGAAAAAAUCAGGAGAGUGGGGAGAUCAUAUUACUCUACAAGCAGCCGCAGACCGGUUCGGAGCCAAAAUUUGUUUGGUGACAUCCUUUCGGGACACUUGCUAUAUUGAGAUUGUGCCGAAAGACCAGAAUCCUACUAGAGAGCUUUGGCUGAGCUAUUGGAGUGAAGUACACUAUAAUUCGCUAUAUGCAUGCGGGGGUAAUGGACAUGUUCCUACCAGAAAAUCAAGGAGAAAGCAUUGGCUUUUCUAGAGAUAUAGGGCAUGUGAAAGUCAGGUCAAGUAAUAUGCACGACACUCAGUGUCCAGCAAUGUAAAGCUAACAGCAAUGUAACAGAGACAAAACACACAGAUGUAUCUUCUUCUUGGUUAUGCUUGACCAGGAUAUGCAUAGAAUCGGGUUUUGAGACAUUCUACUUGAGAGAGAUUGAUGACCAGCCAGCUAAUUUCUUAGAUUUAAUUGAAGAGAGGAAUCUGAAUUUUAAUUUCAGUUAUUGUAUUUAGCAUAUGUAUAUCAUCCUCUCCAAUUUAUUAAGUCGGGGUUACAUACAUGUCUAAUGGAGGAGGAGACCUUGAGAGUCUCAGUUUAUGAACUUUUGUGGUCAAUUACUUGACCAUUAGACCGCACCCCACUUGGAUAUGUCAAAUUUGGUAUCCAUUUACCGAU